CCGUGCAAAGCGUGUGCGCACUAGAUCGGCGGCAAUUUGUCAUACCGGCCGCGUUGAGUAGGUACGACCGCGUUAAAAUUUCCGUACGCACUGCGACCAAAUCAACCGUCGUCGUUAAAUCGCGUCCAUAGGUACUGUCCAAAAUAACAUUAUAAUAUUAUCGUAACAUGUCAUAUCAAACCGCGUUGCCCGCGACCGUAUUUCGUUGACGUUAUACCGUGGUCACACCUGUCGAGACAGCAACUAUACGUUUCCGGAUCGUUUCAAAUAUUUAAAAAAAAAUUUUUUUUACAUUUUUUCUGUUUUUCAAAACUGAAACAGUCUUUCCGUCCCGUCGACGCUUACCGCAACCGCGUUUUCAACGCACCACGUCGUGUGCCCGCACCCGGCGAUCCACCGCGCCAUUGGCGGUUCCUGCAUCCCGCAGGACCAGAAUACUGCGCUUUAAUAAUAACACCAUAUACCAGGUGUACCUGACACACGGUCGUCAGCCGGAAGAAGACCUCGCCGAACAACACGGUAAUUGUUGGGGUAACCCACUCAACUGCAGCAACAACAUACACCGAUAACGAUGGACAGCAGCACAUUGGUUUUGAUAUGCAUAGCCGUCGCGCUCAUCGCCGUCGCUAUCAUCCGCAGACUCGUGUUCGUCGCCUCGUUCCGUUCCAUCGCCGGACCGCCGUCUCUGCCGAUCUUCGGCAACGCACUUCAGCUAAACGGCUCCCCUUCCGAUUUCUUUAGACUUUUACUCGAAUGGCAUUCAAAGUUUGGAGACACGUAUCAACUAUGGAUUGGACUUCGACCAUUCAUAGCAAUGGCUGAUGCUGAUCAUAUUCGGCAAAUUUUGAAGUCAUCUGUUCAUAUUGACAAGAAUUUAGAGUAUAACCUACUACUUCCGUUUAUCGGUACAGGACUAGUGACCAGUUCAGGAUCGAAAUGGCAUACACGAAGGAAGUUAUUGACACCAACAUUUAAUAAAAAAAUUCUCGAGGAAUUCUUACCGUUAAUAGAAAAACAGAUUAAAACCUUAGUAAAGGUGUUAAGAAAAGAGGUCAAUAACGUUUCUGGAUUCGAUAUAAAACCCUACGCAAAAUUGGCUGCACUAGAUACCAUCGGCAACACAGCCAUGGGAUGUGAGAUAAACUCACAGGAGAAUUCCCAACUGGAAUAUGUUAAAGCUCUGGACGAGCUUACCGCAAUCAUGCAGAAACGGUUUAUAACACCAUGGUUGAAACCAAAUUUAUUAUUCAACUUAACAUCUCUUAGUAAAAGACAAAAGGCAUGUAUAGACGUUAUACAUACAUUUACAAGGAAGGUUAUAAAAGAGAGGAAAGACAAUUUUAGACUGUUCAACAAUCAGACGUCAGAUGCAAAUAAAAAUGAAAUUCACCAUGAAAAAAAACCUAAUAGAGCAUUAUUAGAUUUAUUGAUAGAAGUGUCCGAUGAUGGAAAAUUAUUAAGUGAUGAGGAUAUUCAAGAAGAAGUUGACACUUUCAUGUUUGCGGGAGUUGAUACAACUUCUGUCACUUUGUCUUGGGUUAUGUAUGUCUUGGGUAAACAUCCAGAUGUACAAGAUAGAAUAGUGAAAGAAUUAAACGAAAAAAUUCCGAACUUCGGUGAUGGGAAGUUAACAGUAAAUAUUUUAGGCGAGCUUGAAUAUUUGGGAAGAACAAUCAAAGAAGUGCUACGACUUUACCCAUCCGUCCCAUUUAUUGGUAGACAAAUUUACAAGCCACUCACAAUUGGUAAUCAUACUAUUUUGCCGGGGACGUCAAUUUUUAUAAACGUGUUUGCUUUACACAGAAAUGAAAAACAUUUUGAGAACCCGGAAAAGUUUGAUCCCGAUAGAUUUUUAAAGGAAAAGAAAAAAGAUCGACAUCGCUUUGCCUUCGUGCCAUUUAGUGCAGGAUCGAGGAACUGUAUUGGACAAAAGUUUGCAAUGAUCGUUCUCAAAAUAGCUGUCGCCUCAGUUAUAAAAUCAUACAGAGUUAAGUCAAUAGACCCAGAAGAAAAGUUGGGGCUUGUUGGGGAAAUCGUAUUGAACGCACUGAACGGAAUCCACGUGACACUUGAAGAACGGACGUAGGCCUAUAAAAUUGCUUACAGACUUAAUUACAUACAUUCAUAUUGUAUUGACUAUUUCCAUUGCAUUAUAUAAAUUGUAUUAAGUAUUACGUUUUUAAUUAUAUUGGUAUUACUAUUUAAGUUUUUACGCAUUGGACAUUUUUUUUUUUUCAUUAUCAUUAUUAAUUAUAUAAGUUAAUAUAACUAUUUGCUUAAUUUUUUCCAUACCUAUUAUUAUAUUAUUAUUAGAUUUACAUUUUGAAAUAGUAUUCAUUUUAUUAUAAUACUAUAUAAUGUUUUAGUAUAAUAAUAUACAUUUUCUUUUAUACAUAAA